GGCUGCAAUUUCGCUGCUGACAUCAGCGACCACGUGCUUACGCAGUUGAGUUCCCUUCCCUGUUUUCUAAGCUUGUAUUUUUCGUGCAACGCCUCCUCUAGUUUCCAAUCUAAGUCUUUUCGACUCCAAUCACAGCCGGCGUGCGUUCCUAGUGGUGUUCCGGACGACGCACCUACGCCUGCAGCAUAUAUCGCGAGCUCACCUGCCAAAACCGGGAAGACUGCUGCCGCGCGUCGCGCGAGCUCCGCCGAGCACCACAGCCAUGGAGUCCCUGACCCUGAAGCCCGCGAAUGCCAUCGACACGAUCCUGGCCCUACGUGACCCCCGGACCAAGAAUUGGAUAACGUUGGAGAACCCCAUGUACAUCGCGGUCUUGCUGGGCUCCUACCUGUACGCGGCCAAAUCGUUUGGACCGCGGUUCAUGAAAAACAAGCAGCCGUACUCUGUCAAGCGAGCUGUCAUGGCAUACAACCUAUUCCAGGUCCUUGCCAACGUGUACUUCCUGUGGCGCAUCUUCUACCACUCCUUCUGGGCAGCCGGCUACAGCGCCUACUGCCAAGGACUCACCUACAGCAUUGACCCUCACGCGUUGAGCCUUCUGGACUCCCUCUACUGGUACUUGUGGGUGCGUGUGGCCGACUUCAUGGACACCGUGUUCUUCAUCUUGAGGAAGAAGUUCUCGCACAUAAGCGUUCUCCACGUGGUGCACCACACCAUCGUGGUGUUCAGCGGCUGGAUGUUCAUGCAGUUUGGCGCUGACGGGCAGGUGGUGCUGGGCGUCUGCAUCAACUCCUUCGUGCACAUUAUCAUGUACACGUACUACUUUCUCGCCUGCCUAGGGCCUUCAGUGCAGAAGUACCUGUGGUGGAAGAGGUACCUGACAAGGUUACAGAUCGGGCAGUUCAUACUGAUUAUCGCGCAUGCGUUUAUCCCCAUAUUCGUUGACUGCGGCUAUCCUCCCAUUCUUCUCUACAUCGCCAUUCCACAGGUGGCGCUGGUUCUUGGACUCUUCGUGAAUUUCUACAUCCAGGCGUACAACACCAGAAAAACGGCGGCCGCCGCUGAGAAGGUAGCGAAUGGACAUCAUAAAUGCCCCGAAUAUACUUCGUCGUGGUCCGCAGAUCAAAAUGGAGCUGCCAAUGGAAAUACAAACGGCACAUCGAACGUAACUGCGAAUGGCAAUGCGAAAAAAGUUGCUUGACCAAGAUGCGUCCGUGUUUUGUAAAUAGAGACGAGAAAUCUCGAGCGAGAACUGACAGCGCAGUGUUUGUAUUUUGCGCUACUGUUCCUUGAAAAUCUCUUUAGAUUAUGUGCGAGAGUCGCUGUUCUUUCGGCGUGUCUUACACAGGGUCGCUCUUCGUUUACUGUCAAAACGAACUAUAGAUGGCCAGCUGUGAAAGUGUAAAAUAUGUUGCCCGAAUAACGUCCAGAUGACUCUAUGCGUCAAUUUUGCACUAACGAACAUUGCGUCAUUGCAUGCGCAUGUGUCAACGUCGUGUUCGGUUUCUCAUGUCUCGGCCUUCAAAAGCUUAUUAGACGUUUUUUUUUUGUUGUUAUGGGUGUCCAAGGCAAGCAAUCCAGGUCCUUGGGAUAUGAUAAGGAGAUGGAUAGUCGAGGGGAUAGUGCAAUCGAUUCAACUAUUCACUACAGGAUCGAUGUGUAAGCACGAUUAUCCAGAUGUGUGGGCAAAUACGCGAAAACCUGUGCUGCGCAUUGUGCUUAAAACGGCCGCCCACAUUGAUGAAAAAAAUGAAUUUAUUUAGUUUUCAUCAUCAUAGUGUAAUAAUCUACCUGCUGUUUUGUUUUACGUGUUUCAUAGAGGUUAAUCCUAGAAAAGUGCACAUCUGACAGAAAUGAUAAAAAGUGGGCCAUCGUCACGAA